AUGGUUAGGACCAGAGGAUUAGGUCGUGCCUUAGGUCAGGUUACUGGCAAAGGUGUGGGCAGAGGAGAUCAUGAUGAUUCUGAUGAUGCUCCGCAGCGUCGGCGGCCUACUGCAUCAGCACGGAGGCAGCGAGUCGCUGUGACUGCGGAUCACGUCGAUGAGCCAGUCAUCCCUUCGCCAGAUGUUCAGGAUGACCCGAUGGAGGCACCAGUUGCUGUAGAGGACAUUCCUGCGGACACAGGCGCAGAGGCUGCUGAGGACGCGCAUGAGGGAUUUCCGGGUGGUCCGAGCGACCCAUCCGUGUUGACCUUGUAUGCGGAUCACGUUGCUUGCAGCGAGCGUCCUGAAUUGAAGCUAUCCUCUCAUGGGAAGAAGGUCCACAGUUUAGGCAGGCAUGUCCUUGCCAUUGAGGGACUUGUUGCUGGUACAGGACUAAGUCCUCUGAUCAUGUGUUCGGUAGACACCGGCGAUCGGGGACUUUUGUCCGUGUUUAUGGAGCGGUGGCACCGGGAGACAUCUAAUUUCCAUCUCCCAGUGGGAGAGCUCACCAUCACAUUGGACGACGUCUCCUCGCUUCUCCAUCUUCCCGUGAUUGGCGACUUACACGCUUUUGAGCCCUUGCACGUGGACGAUGCGAUUCACAUGCUGGUGAACUUGUUGAUGGUCUCUCCAAAGUUUGCUAGGGCUGAGACAGUCCAGUGUUGCGGAUCAUACGUAUGCCUGCAAUGGGUACGUGAUACAUAUGAGCGCCGAUGCCAGACAGGUCAUUGGACAGCUGCGGCUCCCGCAUAUCUUCUUCACCUUCUGGGUUGCACUCUAUUUACUAACAAGAGUGCAACCAAUGUCCAUGUUGUCUACUUGGAGGCCCUUCGUGACCUCAGUAUGACAGAGAGGUACGCUUGGGGAGUGGCUGCUUUGGUGCAUAUGUACGACCAGCUGAACGAUGCAUCUAUGAGCCACAACCGACAGCUCGGCGGUUACAUCACACUGCUGCAGUGCUGGAUUUACGAGUACUUUCCGUCGGUCGCGGACUCCAUUGCUGAUCAGGAGUACGACGAGGAUUCUCUGCAUGCGUGUAGGUGGAUUGUGACCAAGAAGACCGUGAAGAGCAUUCGUACGCCGGCGUACAGGAAGCGCCUAGACCGACUCCGGAUUCCGGAUGUCUUUUGGAUCCCUUAUGGGGAGCACCGAGAGGUUCGGGACUUCCACGUCAGAUCAUGUUAUUCCGCUCUCUUGCGCUGGGGGCCUGUUGCUGUUUAUUACCGACCGGAGAGGGUCGUGCGGUGGAUGCACUACGAGGAUCAUAUCGUUCCAGCAGGUGAGAUGUGCGUUGUGCCAGGGGCGUGUUCCAGUGACUACAUGGACUGGUUCUUCCGCAUCUCCCAUCCUUUCAUGACACCAGGCCACGCAUUAGAUCCUAUGCCUCAUGGUCACGUCCCGCAGCCCCGAGUCGUCCCUCAGGCCCCGCAGACAGAUAUCCUUCGCGUGCCGGAGCCAGGAGCAUCGUCGACAUCUGCGGAGGAGCCUAGACAUGCAGAAGUUUGUGAUGACAUUACUGAGAGGUUGGAGCGCCAUCUGAGUCUAGGGGUGGUCACGCCUAGCUCAUCGGCAUAUGAGGUGAUCGAAGAAUGCCUCAGGUUGGCCAGGAGUGUGACACAGAACCAUCUUGUAUAUGUUAGGUCUAGACGCAGGUGGUGCAUGGAUCAAGCGUAG